AGCCCCCUCCAGCCACCUCACAGCCCCUUCUCUGCUGGGGAAUUCCUCUCCUCCCGACUUAGCUGCACACCUGAGAGAGAGAGAGAUGGUUCCCUCUGAAACUCAACCUCCCUUCCUAACUCUCUCUCUCUCUCUCUCUCUCUCUCUCUCUCUCUCUGUCUCUCUCUCUCUCUCUCCAGCUGCAACCCCUCCUCCCAGCAGCUGACUGUAUUCUCAUUUAAAUGUCUGUAGAGGGACACCUCUCUCCUCUCCACAGCACUCCCAGGUGAAGUCUGUCUCUGUCAUACACUCUGACAGGGCACAGAGGAUAGAACAGAGAGGAUAGAACAGAGAGGAUAGAACAGAGAGGAUAGAACAGAGAGUAUAGAACACAGAGGAUAGAACACAGAGGAUAGAACACAGAGGAGAGGACUGUUUUGUGACACCUUUUCCCCGUCAUUAUUGACUAACUAUAGACAUUUAAAAUGCUUGGAAUAUUUUACCCAGUAGGCUCAGGGAUGGCUAUUAUUUCCUGGAAAAAGAGUUUUCUCAUUUUGGAAUGACAUUUUGUUAGAUUAUGAUUUUUUUUUUAUGACAUAAAAAUCUAAUUCAACUGGAUCAACUUGGUACUGUAUAUGUGAGGACCCGAAUGGACCGGACCGGACCAUUGGUACUACAACUGAAGUAGUACUGCUGGGGUGGACUGCUGCUACUGUUGAGGACAAGGAGGCUGAGGAAGCUGCUGUAAGCCAGGGAGACUUCCUUGGACCUGUGACCUGGGGGUGAUAGGAAGCUGCCCUAAGGAAGACUUGCACCUGGGGGUGAUAGGAAGCUGCCCUAAGGAAGACUUGCACCUGGGGGUGAUAGGAAGCUGCCCUAAGGAAGACUUGGACCUGGGGGUGAUAGAAAGCUGCCCUAAGGAAGACUUGCACCUGGGGGUGAUAGGAAGCUGCCCUAAGGAAGACUUGCACCUGGGGGUGAUAGGAAGCUGCCCUAAGGAAGACUUGGACCUGGGGGUGAUAGGAAGCUGCCCUAAGGAAGACUUGCACCUGGGGGUAAUAGGAAGCUGCCCUAAGGAAGACUUGCACCUGGGGGUAAUAGGAAGCUGCCCUAAGGAAGACUUGGACCUGGGGGUGAUAGGAAGCUGCCCUAAGGAAGACUUGCACCUGGGGGUGAUAGGAAGCUACCCUAAGGAAGACUUGCACCUGGGGGUAAUAGGAAGCUGCCCUAAGGAAGACUUGCACCUGGGGGUAAUAGGAAGCUGCCCUAAGGAAGUCCUGGACUAAGGGACCUGGGGGGGACAUGAGGGUCAGUUUGGAUCAGGAUCAUCCAGGCCCCCUGUGAAUGGGGAGAGAGAGGGAGAGAGAAGGAGCCCUGAUGUCUGUACUGCUGCUUCUGGCCUGUAUGUCUCUCCUCUGCUCUGGGACGGCUGGGGGACAGGCAGCUGGAGGAUGGAGACCAUGCACAGAUCUGUUACCUUUGGACUUCCUGUCGCGGGUCUUACCACCUGGCGGGGAGCCCCCCCUGCCUGAAGUGCACAUGGUCCAGUCCAGGGGGGCCCGGGGCCUGCAGCUAGCCGGCUCUCAGGAGGCCCUCAGCUUCCCCGCUUCGCAGCUCUUCACCAACUGUGACCACUUCCCUUCUGAGUUCUCCUUCGUGGUCACGCUCAAGAUCCCACGCCUUGCCAACAAGAGGAACGAGUACAUCUUCUCGUUGGUGGAGGAGGAGUCAGACCGGCUGCUGAUUGGUCUACUUGUCUCUCAGGAGAGGCUCCACUUUUUGUUCCAGGGCCCGACAGGCAAGAAACGGAUCACGUUUAGGGCGGUGCGGCUGGCGGACAACCACUGGCACACAGUGGUGGUGGCCGUCACCGGGCGCUAUGCUACACUCAGAGUGGACUGCGGUAUGGCCCUGGAACUGGUCUAUGAGAAGCCUUUCCCCAGUGAUCUCUGCACUGCCCACUCCAGGUUCUACAUCGGCAGCAGGAGGCGGUGGAAAGGACUGUUCUCUGGUCUGCUGCGACAGCUGGUUCUGUUGCCUGGGUCAGAUGCUACCUCCCGAGUGUGUCCCUCUUCAGACCCCAGACUGGCAGUCCUCUCUGUCCCUCAGGCCCUGCUCACCAUGCCCAUCACACCCACUGGGAACGACAUAGUCCCCCUGUAUCCUUACGAGGCAGAAGUGUUCAUAACCCCGGGGACCCAGCCUCCCUGUGCCAAGGCAGAGGAGGGCCAGCUGUGGUUUAACACACUGAAGAAAGGCCUGUUCCUAUGUGAUGGACGGCUGUGGAUGCCUCUGCUGCAAGAGAAAGAGCGUCUGGACUAUGUUGAAGACUACCAAGACCUUUACACCAACUCAGAGACGUUCGACAUCGAGGUGUUCCACAUCCCCUCCCAAGGACUGUUCGCUGCCACAGCCAAUCGCGAGACCAAGCCGGGCUCUGGAAUCUACAAGUGGGUGGAUGGGAAGUUUCAAGUGUAUCAGAACAUCGUCACCUAUGAAGCACGGGCAUGGAAGUACUUCACUGUGGGCAACAAGAUGUUCCUAGCAGUGGCUAACUCCAAGGGCCAGCCCGGCGGGGAGUGGGAGGAGUCAGUGAUCUACAAGUGGAGCAGCAGGAAGUUAAUGUUUCUACCUUAUCAGACCAUAGAGACACACAGUGCUCUGGACUGGGAGGCCUUCAGCAUACAGGAACAACAUUUCCUGGCUGUGGCCAAUCACAGACGAGGUGACAACAAUCACAACAUCGACAGUGUGAUUUACCGGUGGAACCCAGGGACCAAGGUGUUUGAGGUGAAUCAGACCCUCGAGACUUCUGGGGCCUACGACUGGGAGUUCUUUUCCGUGGGCCCAUACCACUUCCUGGUGGUGGCCAACACUUUCGAUGGAAUAUCCACCAACAUCAACUCCACCAUAUACAUCUGGCUGGGAGGAAUGUUCCAGCCAUUUCAAUACAUCAAGACGGUGGGAGCGACGGACUGGGAGAUGUUCCAGGUCAAGGAUCGGUACUUCCUGGCAGUGGCUAACGGCCAGAAACUGAACGAGAGAGGCCCUAGUCACUACAACAUCAACUCAACCAUAUACGAACUGAACGUGAUCACACAGACCUUCGUUAAGUUCCAGGACAUCGUCACAAACAGUGCGGUGGACUGGGAAUUCUUCUCGGUGGGUGAAGAGAAGUUCCUUGUUGUGGCCAAUUCUCACGAUGGAUCCUCGUAUUCUUUAAACAGUGUUAUAUACAGGUGGCAGGGAUAUGAGGGAUUUGUCCCUAUCCACCGGCUCCCAACCAUCGGCUGUACGGACUGGGAAUAUUUCAACACCACAGCAGGGUCCUUUCUCGUCUAUUCUAGUGCCACCUCUCCCCUGUCUAAAGUCUUCAGACUGAAGACAUACUGAUUCCUCACUGUUCCUGACCCUCCACUGUCUGAGCCAGUUAGAGAAACAUGACGUAGUGGAAAAAUGGAAGGGGAAUGAAUUACAGCUUUUCUAGCGUUGCUGGACAGACAGGCAGGCAGGCAGACAGAAAGGCAGGCAGGCAGACAGACCAACAGAAAGGCAGGCAGGCAGACAGACCAACAGAAAGGCAGGCA